CCACAGUACCACGUCCGCAGCGAAGUAAAGUUGAAACCCCGUACCAUGCCUCAGUAAGGAGAUGUCCGCCAAAGUAGCUCCACCGUGAAAACCUCCCAACCACAGUGACGCCAGGUAACUCUAGGUCUUUUCCUCCACAUCAUCAACGACCGACUGCCGCCGUCAAAUGCAGCCCCGGCUUCUCUCUAAAUCCGGACCCGACGCCGCCAAAAGUGGCGGGCAUCUAGUUCUGUUGCUACAAUCUGUCCCUCGGCGAAAAGGCCCUGCGCCAUAAUGACCGUUCCGGCGGCUUUUGUCUCGACGUGGUCGUUGCCAUCAUCUCGUUCGGUUCGCGCGAACGGUCGAGGCAAGAAGUGCAUCUCCUUCACGUUUCUUGCGUCGUGUGCCUCGACAGGAGACAGAUUGAUUGAGAUGUGGCCUCUCUGACAGGUCUGCGAUCUGUAGUUUCUUGUUCUUGUGGCGCCUCUUUUCUCCGUUUGAAUAGAAAAAUUCUCCGGAAGAAAAGACCGUGGGUUUUAAUUCAAUGUUCUGUUACUUGUUCGGUAAAGCUAUCGGCCGGUGAUUUCUCCGAGAAAUACAUUCUAUCCUAAAACUGACUUUUGAACUUCAUUGUGCUACGCUUGACGGGACAUGAACCUUCAGAAAUCUGUAAUAUGAUAGUUUUUGUGGCCCGUAAUCGUCACUUCAUACAUGCUCUCCGGCGCCGCAUCAUGCAUUUUUGCGGUUCCGGAGGAAAAUUGUGUCCUCUCUAAAACUAUCGACAAGAGUUCGGGAACGUAAGCGAAUUCUUAGGACAUUCCACGCGCGGUUUCUUUCGCCUGAGACAUCGACGAGCACACGAACAAUUGCCUUUUGAAGCUCGCAUCUCAUAGGGCCUGUGAUCUGAUCAGCGAGACGUGUUCCAGAUAGCUACCUCGACUCAUUAGGGCAUGUUUCCAACAAAGUCCAACAAAGUCCAACAAAGUCAUCGGAAGUAGAGUCUCGUUCUAAACGAAUGCCUGACGUUGCCAGAGAGGGCAUAUCUCUAACCUAUAAAUUCGACCCUUAUCGAGGAAACUUGCCAAGAAACCAGGUAACCACGAGUUAGACGAUCACAUCGAUGGAGGCGUCUUCCUUCGUCGUGCAGACAGUGAAGUCUUGUAUCAUUCGUUGGGAAAGAGAAUGACAUGAAGUCUCGGAAGCCACGAAUGUCCUUGUGAUCAUGCUGUCUGUGAAGAUUACUUGCAUGCAGUGGAAGGAGAAGGUAAAAGAACGAGGCCAUUUAUUGUGUUGACCAGGCUGGACAGACUGAACGCUCAGGGCUCUCUCAGUCAUUCAUUCAAACCUUCACGUAUUUCUACCUACUACUCCUGUACAUGUUGUCCCCUCGUCACUUCAGUCUUCCAUCAUUUGGACGAUGUAAUAAUGGCCAUUCUCUGCUGAUAAUGACUCUGAUGACGACUUGAGCAUUUUUUAUAAAGCAUGUCUCAGUCGUGGCAUUAUUUACUCUUCCUUACGAGACGUACCCAAUUAUCUCCCUCGUACCCCACGUCAUGGAAUUGUUACUUUGUCCGCUAGAGUCUUCGUCAUUUAUCGAAGGUUCACUGAUAAAGUCCAAUGUCCAUUGAGCGUCUCCAGUAUUUCAUGGGGAUUUGCCUCGUCUUCUCUACACUCCUCCUCUGGACAAGGUUCAAUUAUCGUUUUCAGGUCGAUGCCAUCCGACACCUGGGAGGGGUACGAGGUAGCAAACCCUCAAACUCAGGGGAUGACAGAGAUCUCUCUGAGCUCGUUGGGGACACGAGGGAGUAAAUCUCUGUUUUGCCCCGGCCCUCGAGUUUGAGGUCGUUCUAAUGAAAUUCCUGUUACAUCAUGCAGCGCUAGAUCACUUGUGGAGGAACAUUACAGCGUCUCACUAGUGUAGCUCCAACUUCACAAGACCACGGCCACAGCCCUGACAUGCGUGACGUCUAGCGCGUGAAUGGUCGUGAACCAGGUCAAAUCUUGUUCCAACGAUCUCUGUGCGCAGGUGAUACGCAACCCAGGAGCCCGUAUCGCCCACACAUCCGUAACGCCUUGGGGACAGAUUGCUGCACAAUAUUUUGUCACUUCAGAUAGUCCUUGUGUCAGUGUCAGAUUGCACAUUAGAAUUCCAGUACUCGAUCGUCUCGUCAUAUAUGAAUGGGCACAGUGAAUGCGUUCUAUGAGAAUACUGUAUUUAUAAGCUGGAAAUUCAAGCAAGCACAGUCGUUGACCAUCGUCAUUAAGCUGAAAGUGCGGAAUUGUAGCAAUAUGUGGCGUCGACAAUCGGUGAGAGCGGUUCUAGAUAUCCGAAAAGUUCUGAGAACUUACAGGCUACGAGCAUCCGAAGAUUGUAGGGAGGAAUUGUGUAGGACUACAGUGCGCACGUCAAUGUGAGAGGGGGCUCGGGAAUGUCCAGUGACAGCGUGGUUUUGAGGGAACUGAAGAGAUUUCAGGCUUGGCAACACUUUCUCUCAAGAAUGUUACCGCAAUACGACAUUGUCAUGCAAAAUAUCAAUGGGGAUCUCAUAAACUUCUGUUAAAGGCUUCAACUUGGGUGUAUCGAAGCGGCAAACUCCAGCACCAAUGUAGAGUACUCUGAACUAGAAAAGAUUUCGAAUUCUGGUAUACAAUCGCGUUCACAAGAUGAGGCUCAUUCUGUCCAAUAUUGAAGCCGGGCUAGCCCACGAACCAGCUCGGCGCCAGAAUGAGAUGAUAUCAGGACCUUGAACAACGGCAGCAACGCGGGUAACCAUGAGAAUAAGUCAGAUAAGCUGGUAACACGUUUCACACCUAGGAGAUAGAGACGGCAAAUGUGGAGAUAUUUGCCGAUUAUUGCAGGGCAGGAUAACCAUUACUUUCCGUUAGCUGGUCCAACGAGCACGCCAUGCUGCACUCCUGAGUACAAAAGCAGCUUAGUACGAACGACCCAAUACUCUGGUCAGGAUUCUCGACAACUACCUGCAUCUGUGAAAUUGCUUUUGAUAGCGUCAACCCGCCGUUCAAGUGAAGCAUAUGAUUCAAGGCUCAGUGAAUGUGUUCCUCGAUGAAAAUUGGAUUGGAACUUCAGCGAAGUGAAUGAGCAGGUCCUUGAUGUUACUUUCUAUUGGAUGGAUUUGUGAGCCGCAUUCGAUGGGAAACGGGUGGAAACCUGACUGCAGUGCAGAAGCAUCACUCAAAAAGACGAUGGACAGCUUCUGACUGUGGCAUUUCAAGAAUAGAGAUUAGUGAUCGUAGAUUGAUUUAGCGAACAUCGUUGUCAUGGCCUCUUCAGAAGGAGAUACGAGUUUAAGUUUCAGCGAGGAGGACACAGGAGAUUCACCAAAGCAUCCAACUCCUGUACAGCGGUCUGGAGAGGCUGAUUCCGAAAAGUCAACAAUGGAAAAAGGUGGUAGCCCCCACGCACAAGAAACGUCCUCCGAUGCCGUUUCGUUGGCAGACGAGUUCUUAGGCCAAUCCGAUUUUGCAGAAUUUUUAAGAGAAAGUGGUUCUCCACCUCGAAGUCAUGCUGGAGACCAAAGUGAAGACAGUCUUCCAGGAUACCUUCGGGGGAGUGGUUCUCCAGCUGGAAGCGAUCCAAGAGAACGGGUGAAAGCUAUUGCUACCAUGUCAGGUGCUAAAUUGGAGCAAAUUGAGGUUUCUUCGGUAGGGGAUGGGGACAGUUCUCUGCAAGACGCUUAUUAUCAACAUCCUGAGGAGUCACUGGAUAGAAUCGCAGGCGAAGACGACUUUGCAAGGUUCUUGAGGACAGGCAUUGGAGAACAGACUGAGAGCGACUUUUCAAUAUUUUUGAAACAAGGAGGAGGUUACAAUCUUGGUCCUUCCGAAUCUGCUUCUCUUGAAGCCGAGUCCGAACAGUAUCCUUCUAGAGAUGAAGGUCUGCAGUCAACACGACAAGAAGUGUAUCGGGAGUCACCUGACGACUACGAUUGGAGUGGUAAUGCAGAAGCCAAGGAUGACGAAUCUGAGAAAAGCGAUGAGAAGGAAAAGGCCGUCAAGGAGCUCUUACUUCUCAAAGCCAUCAACUCAAAAUACUUACCAGCUUUUGCCAAUGAAGAAAACAUCAUACUCCAUGACACGGUUCUUGAAGCUGAAAUUGCUCUCAAGAGAGCAGAGAAGGGAACCAGGAAGCCGUGGAAGAGCAAGAUGACAGGGCAGCUAUCAUGGAAGAACAUAUGAAGCGAGUCCAACAAGAAAUUGUUUUCUCACAAUCAAGACAUGAAGCAAAGAGAAGGGAAAUUGCCACGGAAGAGCAUCUCUUCAAAAUGUCAAGUUUCGAGACAGGUCGUCUGAAGGCAGAAAUGGUCAAGAUGGCGAAAGAAGCAGAAGAAAUCGCAAAUCGACUUCGCCAGUUUCGAACCUCAAUAUUCCAAGCUAAUGAAAAGAUGGACCAGUUUCGACUGCUCAUGCACUGGAACCAGGAAGAACUGGAACAAUGGGCUCAAGCUGCAAAGCAGAAGGAUGAAGACAAUAUUGCCAUGGAGAAGUAUACUAAGAGUGAUGAUGUUCGUAUUUAUGAGCUUCAACAAGAAGAGGUGAAGGCAGCCACAGAAUUGAGUAACUUGCAACAGGCACUUGAUGCAGAAGUGACCGAAACUCAGUCGUACCAAAUUCAACUUGACAAAACUGCAAUUCUCUUCAGGGAGCUACAUUUGCAAAGACAGAAAGUAAUAAGGAUGUGGGAAACUACGGUUGAGGCUAUUCAUGCACGAGAUGAAUCGAUUCAUCAGGUUGCUGAAGAGUUUGCAGAAAACAAGCUUCGAGUUCAAAGGAAGAAGCAUCAGCUCGAUGCUUUACAAAAGGCGCUUUUCAAAGAAAUGGACACAAAUAAAGAUCUAGAACGAAUGAUCCUCGAUGCAGAACACGAGGUUGUGAAAGAAAGGACUCUUUGCUAUAAAGAGAUCGACAGCUCAAAGGGCGCAGAGGAAAUGAACGAGUUGAUGAAGAUGAACCAUCUGCGUGCACAGGCAGAGCUAGCGGUGCAAAUUGCGAUGAAAAAACACGCUGAAGAGGAUGUAGAGGUGAAGAAAAAGAAGGUAGUUAUUGCAAAAGAGAGACACGAACGUGCUUUAAAGAAGGUGGAAGAAGAGAAUGAUCACUUGGAUACACUUGAGAAGCGAUCACAAGAGCUCGGUAAGUUGUUGACAAGGGAAGAAAACAAAGUCAAGGAAGCCAAGAGGGAAGUUGCUGACCUUCAGGACCAGCUUUUCAAAUCAACAGAAGAGCUACACGCUCUUAGAGAAGCAGAGAAGGAAACAUUGCACGAAAUCACCGGUGGAAAAUCGCAGAUCAAGCAUUUGAGUCACAACAUUACGCAUCUAGAACUCAACAUGACCCGCCAAGAAGAAGUUCUUUACACACUUGAGUUUCAAAUACAGUCGCUUGAGAGAAAGGUAGCACGGGCAAGUGGAGAAAGAAGCGAUCUAGAGGAGCAAGAAACCACCAAAAAAAUUAAAGAUCUUGAGAAGGAGCUUGAUGACAAGAAACAUGAAGAAGCUCUUGUGGACUCUCAGUUGAAGCGGACUAAAGAGGAACUCAGGGCCACAGUGAGGAAAAAUGAAGAGGCAAAGAAAAAGCUCGCUGAUAUCACGCAAAAGAAUUCCGAACUGUCACUUGAAUGUGAUACAGGGCUUAUAGAGGUCAAGGCUUCGCAAAGGGAUAAGGAAGAAAAGAUGCUCGAUCACGACUUGUUACAAAUGGAAGUCAACAGGUUAUCGGAUAUUCUCAACAUGAAAGCCGAGGGUGUGCUCACGAUGGAGAGCAUCAAACAGAAGCUGAUAUUUUGCAUGGAGGAUCAUAAACGAGAGAUCAAUGCACGUAGAGAGAAGACUAAAGCUCAGUUGAAGAUCAUCCAUGAUGAACUUCACAAUCUGAUGAUGCAGAGGAAAAAACUGAUUCUUCAGAUAGAUAAGCUCCAGAAGAAAUAUCAGACUCUGAUCUCGCGGGUAAAGAUGGAAGAUGGUACCGUGCGCUCAGCAAAUUAUUACGUCAUUAAAGCUGCGCAAGAUCGGCAGAUGCUUGAGAAUGAGGUUCCAAAGCUGGAGGAAGAAGUCCAAAAGGUUAAACAGGAUGUACGACUACUAGAAAAGGCAACUGAUGAGAUCAAGGAAUCAAACAACGCUCUGCGUUGCAGCCUGAAUACUCCUAGAAGCAUCGAGUUGGCCUAUGAGCAAAAGAUCCUGAAGCAAGCAUACCAACAGGCUAAAGAACGAACUCGUUUCAAGCAAAGAGAAGAAGCAGCACUGCUCGAAGAACUUCACGAGGCUGAGCGAUCGUUGGAAAACUCCGAGAAAGAACGCAUAACAGUGGAUGAAACUAUACGCGAGCUAGAGAAGAAAGUAGAAACAGCUAGGAAAGAGGCUGCCGACCAGGCUGCGAAGUUUAAGCGGGCAACUACGCAGCUCCAGAAACUUGCUAGAGAUGUCAGGGACAGGUUUGACGGUUCUGAGCUCAUCAGGAUCGAGCAAGAAAUGCAGCUCGUGGAGGCGAGAGAGACCGUGAAGGACGUGCUGUACAAACUGAAGGCGAUGGCCGUGGAGAACGCGGACGCUGCGGAGGUGAUCGAGGCCAAGGUCAGAGACGCAGGUCUGAAGCUGCCGACGGGAGUGUGCAGUGCGAGGUCCAGCAGAUCGAGCUCCAGCUCCGGCUCCAGCUCCGCCAGCAGCAGCAGCCGCUCUUCCCAACGAGGACCUCCUUCCGCCAAGAGACCUUUGGCACAAAGCAUUCUUACCAUGGAUCUCGGCUUAGAUGAUCUAUGAUACAUAUUAAAUUUAAGUAAAUCUCCCAAUUGACAUCAAGGGGCGGUGGCGCAGUUGGUUAGCGCGUCGGUCUCAUAGCUCACCGAGAAAUCCGGAGGUCGAGAGUUCGAGCCUCUCUCGCCCCACCUUUUGUUCUCACCGGCAAAUUGCCGUCGUUGUCUAGAGUUUCCCCACUGCAAGAUCUCUCUGCGAACCUCGAUAGAGCCUGCCUGAAUGAACGGAUUUCAGAAGAUUUUAACUUGUGUUUCGUGCUGUCAACUGGAAAAUAUUCUAGAGGAACUUUUGAUGAGUAUUUCUUGCAGUAUCCUCUUUUGAACCCUGGAUGUUUAAAACUAUAUGCCUGGAAAACGGUGAUUUUAGGCAUAUAUAUUCCUAAGGGCUCGUAGACUCUGAAUACAUGACCUGACCACCUUAGAAGA